CAAAUGGUUAGAGCGCAUGCGUGCAUAUUUAAUGAGUGUUUAUUUUUAAACAGCGCCAGGCAACAGGGAAACACAAGUAUACAAGGAGACGUUUCUGCACAGCUUCAUUCAUUUGAGCCAUCCUACCGUUGACAAGGGACGCUUGAAGAGAUCUUCUGAAGUCACGACGUCGAGAAAAGUCUGUUAUAUCACAAUGGCAGCAGCAGUGACAGCCUCCAUGCAGCCCAAGUCCAUGACUCGGGCCAAGAAGUGGGACGAGGUGGUAGAAAACGCAUACCGGUUCCAGCUGGCUGGGUACCGGGACGAGGAAGAGUACCGCAGUGUCAAAAAAGUUGACAGCGCUGAGAAAUGGGAUAAUGGAUUUGUCAAGAAGCUUCAACGCAAGGACGGGUGCUUUUAUUACUACAACAAGGCACGGGAGUGCUCUGAUAAGGACGUUCCCAAGACCAAGCUCUACAACUACUAGGAACUUAGAUAUUGAGAGCGUUUCACGGACAAUGUUGUUGAAAGGCUGGUCCUUUGUCUGACUGGGAGCCUUCCGCAGUUUUUUUUAUUGCACGCGCUGUCGUCACCGAAAACCUCUGCACUUGUGGGCAUCUGAAGAAGCCAUGUGUUUGCCUCUUGUUGACAAACUGUUGUCUUUUUCUGUAACUACACUUUUGUUAUGUUGACCACUUAAAUAUGCCUGGGGAACAGCCACUGGGAUAUGGCUUAGGCAUUGAAAUGGCCACUUCAGAGGACUGUUUAUAGGCUAUGUCUGAUGGAUGUUAUACCAUGUUAGUGCUAGCGAUUGGCACUGAGUGUAAUAACCUGUGCAGGAAUUGUAUCUGUGGUCUCUUCUCAAUCCUUUUUUGUUCAGUUCAGUAUUAAAAAUGUCUCAGUGUUUGUGGACUGCAAGAAUGUAAGGAAUUACCCAAAAAGUGUUUGUAUAUGUACUGGAAGUUACUGAUAAUAGAAAGGAGCUGUGAUACUAUAUUGUAAGGAAAAGCUAGAGUGAUAUGUUUGGAAAGAAGAAAAAAAGCAGCAUGAUUUUUGUUUGUGGUAAAAUCUUAACCAAUGGUUAUAAUAAGUGCUUUGUACAUUGUGGAAUUCUAUGCACGAAAUUGUUGGAGAUCCGUGAUUGUGGAUAAUACUCAUAAAGAAAAGAUGUUUAAGAAAUAACACCUAUUUAUUGGGAAUCAAAGAAUGUACAGGCAAUACUAUUAAUUUGAUAACCAAAGAGCUUUCCCUGUACUAUGCAAUGAAUCUAAGCAUCUAUGCAACCUUUCUCCAAUCUGUCCUCAAAAGAAGAAGAAUUAAGUGUAUGCUUUUGAAUUCUCCUAUGUACAUGUUCACUUUAAAGCAAAAAUUCUAUUUUGUAUAUCUUGUGAUAUGCUGAAUGAUUAUCCUAUAGACUAUGCACUUUUGUUGUCUUUUGAAAGUUGUAUAAUUCUGAGAACUCGACGUGUCUUAGGAAUAAACUUGUUCCAGAAAGUAAA